CUAAGUCAUCACCCUUGUGGCGUGUACGUUAGGUUGCACAGUAUUAGUGAGAUAACUCAUCACGAAACAUGUCUUCAAAUCAAGAUUCGGGCCUGACAAAACGUUUCGCCAAGCAUUAGUCAGACUGGGGCAGCCGGCACUUUCGGUCACUGUGCGAAAAUGGAGCUCUACAGCGAUAUCGUUUCACCGCCCUGUCAGAAUGUGCUCCUGGUGGCUAAGAAGUUGGGCAUUGCGCUUAACACCAAGAAGACAAACAUUAUGGAUGCAGCGGACGUAGCUGAGUUGACAAAGGUCAAUCCGCAACAUUUGAUCCCAACGUUCGUGGAGGACGACGGGCAUGUGAUCUGGGAGUCGUACGCAAUUGCCAUUUACCUGGUGGAAAAGUACGGCCAAGAUGAUGCCCUCUAUCCAAAAGAUCCCAAAGUGCGAUCCAUUGUAAAUCAGCGUUUGUUUUUUGAUAUCGGAACGCUGUACAAAAACAUUCUAGCCAACAUUGACGUCCUGAUCGAGAAGCAGCAACCUUCGGCCGAAUUACGCGGGAAGCUGGAGCAAGCGCUUGAUCUUACGGAGAAGUUUGUUACCGAGUGUCGUUUUGUUGCUGCCGAUCAUCUUACGCUAGCUGACAUCUUUAUGCUUGGUAGCAUUACUGCCCUGGAAUGGUUUAGGUACGAUUUGGAGCGUUAUCCCGGCAUUCGGGGAUGGGUUGAGAGAGUAACGGCCCAAUUCCCCGAUUAUUCCGACUUUCACAAGGAGAUAAGGGAAGCCACUAAGCAGUACGUUGCAACGCACUGUCCGCAUUUGGAAUAUUAGAAUUUGUCAUAAAAAGGAAAUAAAUACUCAAACAUGAUGUUUAUAGAUUCAAAUGUUCUCAAUAAACUGGCGAAGACAAACAAAUGUGA